AUGGUUGAAGACCAUGGUCAGAAGCCUUCAGUAUUAAGCAGGGAGCGGACGGACGAGCACCCUCAGGAUGAAGUGGCUCAGUGGUGGGGCGAGUGGAGCAGCUGGUCCACCUGUAGCUGGACGUGUGGUGGAGGAGUCCGUUCACAGGAGCGACACUGUCUACAACAAAGACUCACCACGACUCACAACAUCAACAGCUCCUUCUGCGCCGGAUCCGCCAGGCGCUACCAGUUGUGCACGCAGCAGCUGUGUCCGAACAACAGAAUCAGCUUCAAGCAGCACCAGUGCUCCCAGUUCAACUCCAAACUCUUCGACAGGAAACACUACGAGUGGGUUCCUCUAUAUCCAGAUGAUUACCUCAGCAUUUCCAGUAAGCCGUGUGACCUGCAGUGCACCACCACCAGCGGCGAGCGGCAGAUCCUGGUUCAGGCUCACGACGGGACCUCCUGCAGGACGGGCGUCUAUAAGGGCGUCUGCAUCCAAGGACAGUGCCAGGUCGUGGGCUGCGAUGGGAAGCUCUACUCCAGCAAAACCGUAGAUAAAUGUGGCGUGUGCGCCGGGAACGGAGACACGUGCCACCGCGUCUCGGGAUCCUACCGAAAAGGGAUCACACAGUUAGGUUAUGCUUUUAUAACCCACAUACCUGUCGGAGCCACGGACAUCCAGAUCGUUGAGCGACGAAAGACUGAGAACAUUCUGGCUCUGUCGGACGAAGCCGGGCGCUUCUUCUUUAACGGGAACACCGUGAUCGACAACCCGCGCAACUUCCACGUAGCAGGAACCGUGUUCAAGUACAGACGGCCGCUCACCCUCUUCACCGACGGCUUCGAGUACAUCAUGGCUCAGGGGCCCACGCAGCACGGCCUCAACGUCAUGUACUACAACCUGAACGGAAAGGUGCCUCACAUCACGUACGAGUACACGGUUCCCCGUGCGUCCGGACCCAUCCCGUCCACCCCGGCAUCCCUCACCCCAGAGCAACCGCAGCUCAGCAGCCUGGUGUCCAACGCCACCUCGCCUCGCCUGCCCAUCACGGGGAACGAGGUGGACCCUCGGCAGGACAGCACGGAGGCAGAGAUCCAGAGCACCCCCUCUGUUCCCGAGGAGAACCUGAAGGGGCGCGGAGGCUCCGCUCGUAACCUCAGUGAAGACCCCGAGGUGCUGAGCUUCAGAUCGGCUGCAGACGUUCUCCGUAACGAGCUGGAGGAGCAGGAGAGCUUCGGUUCCGACUUCAACCUGAUCGAAGGCGACUCCUCCGGUACGAUUAAUGAGACCCACCCGAGAGCGCAGAGCGUACAGAACGGUGAGGAGAACCCAGCUCAAGGUGUUCAUCUGAACUCCAGCUCAUCUGUGGUGAACGUCCUACCUCUCCGGAUCCACACGUCCACCCACAGAGAACCUGAGUCCAACGGCACCUCGGAGCACACGGCGCAAGCCCUCCAGUUCCAACAGGGGGCAGCACAGCGCCUCGCUCAUUCUGAAAGUAAUGAGUUUGAGCUGGUGUCUCUCGACCACGACGUCAGUCUGGAGGACACGUACAGAUGGAAGGUGUCUGCGAUCGCACCCUGCAGUUCGACAUGUACCACAGGUAUCAGCACAUCGUAUGCAUUAUGUGUGAGGUACGACGGCUUGGAGGUGGACGAGAGUUACUGUGAUGCUCUGACCCGACCCGAACCCACGCAUCAGUUCUGCACCGGCAAAGAGUGUCCACCCAGGUGGGAGACGAGCCGCUGGAGCGAAUGUUCCCGGACGUGCGGCGAGGGCUUUCAGUCCCGGACGGUGCGCUGUUGGAAGAUGAUCGCUCCGGGAUUCGACAGCUCCGUGUACGAUGACCUGUGCCACGGCGUCGAGCUCCAGAAACCCGUCGUUCGCAAAUCCUGCAAGAGUAAAUCCUGCGGCCCUCAGUGGGAGGUGUCCGACUGGUCUGAGUGCUCAGCCCGGUGUGGACGUCAGGGUGUGAGAAACCGGGAGGUCCGGUGCUCCAUGGACGCUCGCCUGUGUAACGAGUCCACUCGUCCCAGCGGUCAGAGGGAGUGCGAGGGGCCGCCAUGUGACCGCAGGUGGACCGUCUCCGAUUGGGGACCAUGCUCAGGCGGGUGCGGCGAGGGGCGGAUGACGCGCUACGUGGUGUGUAAGAGCGGGAACGGGAGGGUGAUCUCCGACGGCCAGUGCGACCGAGAGCUGAAACCUCUGGCGGUGCAGCCGUGCGGGGACCCGAACUGCCCCCCGCACUGGGUGGAACAGGAGUGGGAACAGUGUAAUGCCACGUGUGGGCGUGGCGUGAAGAGCAGGCAGGUCACGUGUGCCGGACUCGAGGGCGGCGUGUUUAAAGAGUUUCCUGAUCACGUGUGUUCACGUUCAUCCAAACCUGAGGAGAGCGCCACGUGUUUCGAGAGACCCUGUUCCAAAUGGUUCACCACCUCCUGGUCUCAGUGCAGUAAGACGUGUGGCAGUGGGCUGAAGGUGAGGGAGGUGAAAUGUUAUCAGGGAGAUGAAAUCGGACAAAGUUGUGAUUCUGCGCUCAGACCGCAGGCCAGACAGAGCUGUGAGGUUCAACCCUGUCCUGCUGAGGCUCCUGUGGAGGACGUGUGUGAGGACAAGGCCACGGCGAACUGCGCUCUGGUGCUGAAGGUGAAGCUCUGUACACACUGGUACUACAGGAAGGCCUGCUGUCUGUCCUGCAGAACCAGAGAGCGCUGA